UAACCGGCCGUACGACAUGUCCGGCAUUGCCCGCCACGUUGACUACAUUCUGCUGAUGAGCUACGAUUACAACGGCUCGUGGGACAGCUACACUGGCCACAAUGCGCCGCUUUCCUGGGGUAGUGUAGAAACCGACUACCAGCGACGGCUGAACGUUGAGGCUAGCGUCAGCGAUUGGAUUGGACGUGGUAGUGUACCGAAGUCGAAGCUGAUCGUCGGCUUAGCUGCGUUCGGACGUACGUUCACGCUGAGCUCCUCGGGCAACUAUAAACCACGGGCGUCCGCCACGGGUGCUGGACGCCCUGGCCCUUACACACAGCAGCAGGGCACACUUGCCUACUACGAGGUGAAGGAUGCGUUUGGUGAAGGACGCAUUUGGGAUGAUCAGCAGCACGUGCCGUAUGCGGUUAGCGGCGAUCAGUGGGUUAGCUACGAUGAUCCGCAAAGUAUUCGCAUGAAAUGUGAGUUCAUUCGAAGGGAAGGCCUGGGUGGAGCAAUGAUCUGGUCGAUCGACCAGGAUGAGUUCCAGGGAGGAAGAUUCACGCUGCUGCGUACGGUUGCUGAAUGUUUGUAAACGUUUCUGGAAUGGUGAAAUGUUAAAUAAACACCUUAGAAAAUAU